ACUGUAAACUGAGACACACAACAGUGAGACACGAGAAUCCAAUCUUAAUGGGACAAGAAAAUCCACAGUGUGCUACCAAUCUUCCUGUCACCCGUUGUGCUGAAGGCUGCUCGGCCACUAGUACUACCAAAACCUUAGCUAGCUUCCAUUGUGUGCCAUCUGGAUCAACCUUGCCUACUGACCUGACCGUGCUGGCUGAAAAGUCUCAAGAUCUGUUAGACUUAGUUGAAUCGCACACAUCUUGCUCUUGUGAACAGGAAAAAUGUACUGCAUGAGCCUUCAACUGAGUAGACUCAGUAUAUAUUCUCUUGUUUGCUGUGGGAGCUGAUAUGUCAAUUCUAGGCUACUACAAA